AUGUUCGUUUUAACGCGAGCACUUCAAACGAUUGGGCGUCAUCGUCUGUUUCUCAAGGAAAAUAAAGUUGUUUUUUGGUUAAAACCCUCGUCGUCUCUAGCCGAUUUGCGGUGGAUUCUUCUCAUCCAGAGGACACAGUUUUCCCACGUUCGGAAAACGACCGAAAUGGAGUACAAGAAGAAAAAGUCACUGAUGCAACGACUUCAGUCGUGGCUCGAGGGUUUCCCGCUUGGGCGAGGGAACAAGGAGCGCCGAUCGAGAAAGACAUCCCACUCGGCGGCGCCAACUUAUCGGAUCCCUGAAGCGAAAAACAGCACAGCUCCGCGAAGACAGCCCUCAUUCCUUGAACCAAAGAAAAAUCGAGGGAAACCGGUGGCAGUGAAACAGCCAAUCGCGCCCGUGAUUUAUGCAGAUCCGUGGGAUCAGCGAUUGCCUGGGGAUUUCCCGAUGGGCGGCUCGUUGAGUCAAUCGUUUUCCAGUCAGCGAUCGUCCAACAUUCGCACAAAUCCCUGGAUUCAGCGAGACCGCGCCUCGAUGCGUCAUUUAAGGAAACCUGAGCAUAAUAUGGAGCGCUCUGAUCUCAGUUUCUCAUCAAUGGACCGCUCACAUUUGCGGGUGAAAAGCUUCGAGGAGUCCGUUUGCUCAUCCGGAUAUGGAAGUCAGGAUAGCAGUCCCGAAUCAUCAGUGCACUCGCCGAAUUGGCAAUCGGCUCGCGAAUCGGCCGACAAAGCGGUCGAGUGCAGAUCGAUUGAUGUUGAUGAAGCGCUUGGGUUUUUAGAGGAAUCCUCUUCAUUUUCCCCGUAUGACAACUUGAGACGAUUUGAGUCCACCGAGCAUAUCUACCACGAAUUGGAGUCACUCACUCGAAUCUCUCGUGUGCUCGACGAUCGAGCCUAUGUCUCGGACUCAGAGUGUCCAUCUUGUUCAUCACCCACCUCAUUCUCUCGGCCAAACUCUCCAAUCUAUGCCCGUCCCUAUGAUGGGCCAAUGGCUCGGCCAUAUGUGGAGGAAAGACAAAUCAACCGUGGAAAAGAACAACCUAACUACCGACAAAACUCCACUCCGAAAGCCCCAAAUUUGGACUCGUUGCCGAGAAGAGUGCCCAAUUUUGAGCCAAUCUAUGCCGCGGUCAAGCCAACUCGGCCCAGGAUGUUGCCAGUGAUUCCACAGACUUACUCAUUGGGAAUGCUCCCAGCUCGUCCAUUGCCUCCAUUGCUCAGACCCGAGCCGAUCCGUCCAUCGCCCGUUCAUCGACCGGCUCCAAAGUUCUGCGCCCCACCACCGCCACCACUCAAUUUAGAUGAUGAACUUGAGAAAGCCGAGAUGGACUUCUUAGCCGAAUUAGAUGCCCAGAUUGCCGAGUUACAGAUGAAAUCCGAGGCCGUUCGCUCGUUGGUCGAAGAGGCUCGGGGUCGUCGAGUUGUUCGUGGUGCCGCCGAAUCGGCCAACGAUCAAUGGUGUCGCGCUCGUUGGCAUCAAAAUCCCCGAUUCGAGUUGAGGCUU